CACAAUCUCUGUUCCCAGUGUGUUUCACGCAACCUGUCUACUGAGUUCUAAGUAUCUUUCUUAUCGGUAUUCCCUUAGAUCUCAUCCAGCUAAGAAAUGGCCAGUCAAGGCACAGCACCGCAAACAACCAAAGCGCGUUUCAGUCACUGGAUUCAUGGUAUUCUGCGAGUAGACCAUCGCACCGCUGCUCGAAAAGCCAUCACCGAUGACAGCAACUGCCGUCAAAUCCUAGGGAAAAUUCUUCAGCCCGUUGUUUGUGAAUUUUCCACCGGGCAAUUCUCUCUGGGAUAUUUGUGCGGCGUGGACUGGGUAGGGCAUCGCGUCUUGGUGGAUUUUGCCUGUCACAAUCGCUCGCCCCAGUGGCAGCCCGUUGGGAAGGUUCUCCUGCAUGAGCCAGUAAAUACUCGUGAGAUCCGCCCCUAUACUCCAGUUAUAGCAGCGUUGCGACCAAACUCCGACCAACCUUACGUAUUCCAACCGGCGCGAGUUAUUUUUCCCCCGGCAACUGAUAGCUGCGGCGAUAUCGGUCCAGUAUGUGUGGAAACGGCGCUCCAGGGCGGCGCUGACUUCAUUCGGAAAUUCGUUCAUCCCGUCCAGGUGCGCGUUGUGGCGGAGUAUCGGGGAACAGAUGAGUCCCUUGUCGCAUACUGCCGCCUCCUGCUGAAACAAACGGCGCGUCUCGAUUCCUGUCCGGGCGCGGCGAAUCUUGAUUUAAGGAACAUGUUGAGAGAUUUCAACAAAGUUCCCUGGAUAACAGUUGUGCGGAUGUGGCUGGAUACCGAAGGCAUCCACUGUAUUUACACAGAAAGAAAACCAGGCGCUCUUAGCCAGGCGCAAAUGGAAUAUUUUGUUAGAAAGUCUAAGUGGCGUCAGACAGUUCAGCUCGGCUUACUUCCACAUCCCAACAGCAUCGACACUAAAAGCACCAACGUAGACAGUUCCAUGUCCCUCGGAACGCUGCCAUAUGAACUGCACGAGGGCAUCAUGCUGCAAAUCCAUGACAUUCACAGCGUCGUUAGUGCUCAAAAAGUGUGCAAGACCUGGCACGAUAUUCUGAAAGGCCGCCACCGCAGCCCGCACGUUGCUGUUGAUCUGACCAACCUGCUACUGGAUGACCCAACCAGCCAGGAGCAAAAAUACAGCCGAACUCAUCUGGUUAAUAUCCUCGACAACACCGUAACAACGGCCACCGUGUCGCUGACGCUGGCGAACGGCAAUCUAACCCCGGAACUGGACCUUUAUCUCUUUCAGUUUCUGUCCAUUAAAGUCACGUGGCUGCCGAUAAUUAUUCUAAAGAAUAUUCGUUGUUUUCGCGCCCUAACGCAGAACUUCCAGACGCAGCGGCUAGAAUUUGUCAACCUCAAAUACCUCAUGCAGGCUUGCCAAGUGUUGCGCUUGCAUGACGUCACAGUUCCAAACCUCUUCGGACCGAUCGCCGGGUUGUGGUGCACUUCGGCCGACUUCGGAGAUGACGUCGAUGCUUUCGUUGAGAAAGCCGCGCUGUGUAGCGGGCUCAGUGAAACCGAUCGCUUGAGGUGUUUUCUGCAGGUUUUGGACGCCGGCUGUCCUGAACUGUCCCCGAGGGCCGUAAUUGGCAUUAACGAAGCCUGCCGUAGGAUAAUCACCCGUGACAAGCAUCCUUUGCACAGCCGACUGUUGGUCAUGCUUACGCUGAUGAAUAAACCGAUAAAACUGGAGCUGCAGCCGCCGCUCUGCAGACUUGCCGGCCACGCCUUCCGCUACUCAUAUCCCAUGCAGAUUUCCACUGCCUCUGCCAGCCGCCAUCAGAUCCGCUCAGUGUCACGUGACCCACGUCACAUGGACGACGUCUGAGAUGCUCCGGUAUCAAAUUAGGUGUCAUUUUUUGACAUAGUUUGUUUAGUUUCCCUGAUAAUAUUGUCAUAUUAAUACGCCUUAACAACAAUCGCACGGUCAUGUUGUC